AUGGAGAGAGGAGGACAUCAAGUCGUUGGGGCCCGAGACGGUGAGGUCAAACAACUCGAAGAUUGCUCUGUCUCAAAGUGAGUUCUCUCUGUCUGUGCUUUAGUUCGAACCUGAAUCUCUUUCUCUGUCUCUAGUGUGAUGUCUGGCGCCGCGCCUAGGUUUUCUUGAUUUUCCCUUGUUGGAAUAUUCUUGGAAGUGAACCUAUUAAUUAUGGUUUUUCAUUGGCGUCUGAUGAUAGCGUGAGUAAUCUUAAUUUCUGUUUAUAAUCCGCUACACAUUGAAUGCAUCGUCAUAUCAAUCUUUUUACUUGACUCUAGUUUUCGUGGGCUGUCAAGGAUACAAGAAAAGUGUUUCGCUCAGCUUUGCUUUGGAAAGAAAAAGCUGAAGGAAUUGCCAAAUUUACUGACUUAUAUAGUUUCUAUUCUAGUUCUGAAGCUUAAGCAAUUUUCACCAUAUCAUCCACGCAUUAUUUUAGCGACCACAUUCAGGGAGGAGAUCUUAAUCCAGCAGACAUGAUUAGUUUAUAAGGUAUGUGACGAAAUAUUGGCUUCGAGCUACCCACAUUCUAACGUGAGCAAAUCUGGUGCUAAAUCUUCAAGCUAUCCACAUUCCAACAGCUGAAAAUUUUUAGUAUUUCAUGUUCGAAUUGCGGAAUUUCGCUACCACUUGACACCACAUCAUCUUUACAUCUUCUUUUCCCUGAAAAUGAAUUGAGGCUUUGUGAGAGAGUUUCAGAAGAAUAUGGGAAAUCGACCAUUAUUGUGGAGGAAGUGAUUGGCAAGAAAAGACAAGUACUCGAUAAACCAAGGGAAGACACAAGAAAAAUAAGCAAUGACGAACUUACCUUUUCGUGAUCUAUCCUUAAUCAUCACCAAUAGGGAAUAUCUAAAAGAAGUAAAAAUGGGAUUUAAUAUAAAAUAUCAUAUCUAGCCAUGAUCUCUGCCUGUCAAGGGGUUAGAAAGAACAGCUUAGAUUUUCGUCAUUAUUUUUUAAAUAAAAUUCUUUUAUUUCAAGACAAACCCAACUAUCCCUGAUUAUAUUUCUACGAAUUCAAUUUUUUUGUUCUAGGAAGUGGAAACAGAUCGAAGCUAAAGGAAUAUCAGCUUUCGCACUAUGGAAAUUCCGUCCUAAUCAAUCACUCUGACCUCUCUUUAUUAACACUUCUAUGCUACAAUCAUCAAAGAAAUCCCUUAAAUAUAUGCUCAAAUGGCUACUUUUCUCUCAUGCUUUGUAAUAUUUUGAGCAUUUGUUACAGUUGCGCCCUCUGGUCAUCUUUCCCCUUUUAACACUCUUGUUCAUCAUUGACUCGACCUUCAUCCAGUGGCUUAUUGUCUGCUUCUCCUCCCUUCAUUGAAGACUGUAUAUAAUCCUGAUCUCUUUCUUUCAUUUUCUCUGAUGAGUAUGCAAAGAAGAUGAGGAAGAUCUUUUUCCUAUUUAUGUGCAGUGCUCUCGGUACCUGGGUGUUCUCAGUGGCAGGCGCUCUGAUCGCUAUACCAGUAGGCAUAAAGAGGAAGUCUUUGGCACCAUUAGUCUUCUUUGGUACGACUGGCACAAUGCUCGAUAUCAUAAUGGGAAUCAGCCAGUGUGAGAGAGAACAUGCGGAGAGACAGAUGAAACUCUUGGAAGCACAGAACCUCCCAGCAAUUGAUGCAUCACUAGAAAACGAAACCUGA